CAACUCUCGUGUGCAACACUCUGGAAAAUGGGAAAAGACGACUCUGAAGUGAGCGCUCUCAAGGAUGAGCUGAAUUCCUUGAUAGGAAAAAUCAAGGAAGAGCAGAAGAAAGUCGCUGAUUGCACUCUAAAUGACAAGUGCGGGGACGUCCCCGGUGCUCCCAAGGUUCACAUCACCACCAAGAAGUUCCUCAAGGGACACAUUAACAAGGUGAACUCUGUGCACUUCGCUGGCGACUCUAGACACUGCGUUUCGGGCUCGCUGGAUGGAAAAUUGAUCAUCUGGGACACUUGGACGGGCAACAAGGUGCAGGUCAUCCCUCUGAGAUCAUCCUGGGUCAUGAGUUGCGCCUUUGCCACAUCCGGGAACUUUGUCGCUUGCGGCGGGAUGGACAAUAUGUGCACAGUUUAUGACCUCAACAACCGUGACGCCACAGGAGUGGCCAAGAUUGUGCGGGAGCUGGCUGGCUAUGAGGGAUUUCUCAGCUCCUGUCGCUUCCUGGACGAUCGCAACAUCCUCACGGGUUCCGGGGAUAUGAAAAUAUGCAUCUGGGAUCUGGAGACGGGCAAGAAGACCUCAGACUUCGAGGCUCACGCUGGUGACGUGGUUUCCAUCUCGAUGUCGCCGGACGGGAAGCAGUACGUGACGGGAUCCGUGGACAAGACGUGCAAAUUGUGGGAUGUGCGCGAGCAGAAGCCCAGGCAGACGUUCUUCGGCCAUCAGGCGGAUGUGAACAGCGUCUGCUUCCAUCCUAGUGGACAGGCCUUCGCUACGGCGUCCGAGGACAAGACGGCCAGGCUCUUUGACAUCCGAUCCGAUCAGCAAGUGUGCCAGUUCGAGCCGCCCAACAAGACCAGCGGCUUCACGUCCUGCGCCGUGUCGCUGAGCGGAAGAUAUGUUCUGUGCGGCAGUGACGACAACAAUGUGCACUACUGGGACAGCCUGAAGGGAAGCCACCUGGGAACGCUUCCUGGCCAUGAGAAUCGCAUCACGUCAAUUUCUCUGGCGCCAAACGGAAUGGCUUUGGCCUCGUGCAGCUGGGACAACAACGUGAGGAUCUGGGUGUAAAAGAGAAGAGAAGAAUUCAUACAUUUUCCCACUUAUCCUCGGAUUUAUCGCUGUUCUUUCUAUGCCAAUGGCAUUUGGCAAUUAAUAAUAAUUUUAGCAAAGUGAUUUUGUGGAUUUUGUCAAAUGAAAGACAUGAAUUAACCGUUUUAUUAAGAAAUACACACUCGUUAUAAUAA